GUUGCGAAGUCGUUCGUCCGUCCGUGUGGUUGGGAUCAGAACCUGGCGACACCCGAGGUUCAAGCAAGCGAAGCGGGGAGACCAGGCCACCCUGUGCCACCCACACCUUUCCCAGCCGCCGGUGCAAACAAACUUUACACUGGUUACAAUUUCCACAGUUUCCCCAUGGGCUAGCUCCAAUUAGUGUACAUAAUGACUCGUGAGCACAGGGACUGGCCACUCCUGGCAAAGGACGAUGAAUCAUUCAAUAUGUGGCGCGAAUCCUAACGACUAGUACCAACAUGGGGGUGAACAUUCAGGCCAGGACUAUGCUAUAGUCAGCUUAGGUCUAGGGUCUGAUCCUGCGGCAAGAAAGUAGAACACGACCACAGCACCCAUCAACGAAACUGUGUGUUUACAAGCAGACACGAUAUCUUCAACCAAUAACCAAUAUGGGGUCGAUCGCGAAGACGAUGAAAGCAGGGCAAUGGGAUCCCAAGCAGAACAAGGUGGUUGUCAAUGAACUACCCAUCCCCGAGCCUGGAUCGAACGAGAUCUUGGUCAAGAUAACAUCCGCUUCCCUAUGUCAUUCGGACAUCAUGUCCAUAGACAGGCCAGGGCUCGAGGAGCCAUUCACUCUGGGCCAUGAAGGGGUGGGUAUCAUCGACAAGUUACAUCCGUCAGUCGAAGGCAAGGGCUUCAGCGUGGGAGAUGCUAUUGGCUUUCUAUACAUUGUAGGGUGUUGCUUCGAGUGCGAGGGAUGCAUGGUACAUAAUCUGCAAUGUUUGAACGGCAAGCCCGAGAUACAGGGAUUCACCAAGCCCGGCUUCUUUGCCGAGUAUGCGAUUGUUGAUUAUCGAAAUGCCAUUCAGCUACCAAAGCAGUUCAGUUUGAAGACAAGUUCGGUGUUCUUCUGCGCUGGUAUCACUUCUUUCCAUGCCGUGGACUCUUGCAAUCUGAAACCAGGUCAAUGGCUGGGCGUCAUCGGAGCGGGAGGCUUGGGUCAGCUGGCCACUCAAUACGCCAAAGCAAUGGAGGUGAAUGUGGUUGCAGUUGACAUCAACGAUUCGACUCUGGAAGUCUGCAAAUCGCAAGGAGCCAAUGUGGUUUUCAACUCCAAGACGGAUACCGAAUACGUGUCAAAGAUCAAAGAGCUGACGAAAGGCGGCGUCCAUGCCGCUGCAGUCUUCAGUAACGCUCAAGUCGCAUAUGCAAAUGCUCCCAACAUCAUUCGGGUUGGUGGUACGCUCAUGGUGGUAGGUAUAGCCGGAAAGCCGCUCGAGGUUUCAACCAUGGCUCUGGCGCUGGGCGCGUACAAUGUCAAGUCUGAAAGCACAUCCAUCCCUCAACGGAUGAAGAAAGCAGUCGACUUCUCGGCCAAGCACGAAAUUGCCCCUGAGGUGGAAAUUCGAACGCUUGAUGAAUUGGACAGUAUGGUCAAUGAGAUGCGGGCAGGAACUGCGACGAAAAGGAUGGCCAUCACCUUUUGAUCUAGACGUCAUCACUGAAGAAUCAGAGCACGAGAUGUUCUACAAAUCACGUUUAUGAAUCC